CAUCAUCCAGCAAAUACAGCAGCUAUCGCUCCUUCCGCUUCUGCAGCUGGAAUGGCACCGCAUUCUGGACCGCUAAUGAACGUUGCAGUAGCAUCUGCUGGUGUCUCAAAACCAGCGACAUCUGCAGGCUACUUUGCCACCCCACCACCAGCCGCUUCAAUCCGACGUUCUGCAGAGGACUUUUCUUUCAUGCCCUCCAGCGGUGGUGGUGGUGGAGGAGCAUCCUCCAUAGAAUCCCCCGGCGGGGACUUCGAUGAUGAGUUCCGACGUAAAAGACGUAGGAAGGAGAAGAAAAGCGGAGGAAGGAAGGAGAGGAUCGAGUAG